CACAAUGUAAAACGAAACAUAGGAAGAUAAACAUGCCUUGCUUCGAACGGCUUAGGACUGGUUGUUUGCCGAAUUCAAAAGUUGACAAAGACGCUGAGAGGGAUGAGAUCGUUCAGAAAGUGAUGGAGCUCAUCAUUGCUCACAUUGACCGCUCUUACACCCCCGACCCUGUUCUCGCCCAGCAAUCCAGGAAGGAAAUCGAACACUACAUCAACGCCAGAGUGGCGCACAAAUUUCGGCAACAGGUCGAGCUAAAUGGACUUCAGGAAAAAGUUGCCGCCCAUGAAUCGCAAAAAGUGGAAUAACGACAGCCAAAAAUUGGUGUCGCCCAAGUCAACUGAGAUGAUGGCGGCAAAUACACACAUGAUGGGAGACAUCGAAGUUCAAGAAGAGUUCAUGAAGUACCGAUCUCCGUUAACAUCCCGAUAUGCCAGUGAGGAGAUGGCAUUUAAUUUCAGUGAGAGAAAGAAGUUUGUUACUUGGAGAAGACUGUGGACAUGGUUGGCAAAGGCUGAAAAGACUCUAGGUUUGGACAUAACAGACGAGCAGAUAGCACAAAUGGAAACCAACCUGGAGAAUAUUGACUUCAGCUACGCUGCCGCUGAAGAGAAGAAAGUCCGCCAUGAUGUCAUGGCUCACAUCCACACCUUUGGGAAGUGCUGCCCCAAAGCGGAACCAAUCAUCCACUUGGGUGCCACGUCAGCCUAUGUUGGAGAUAACACUGACUUGAUUGUGAUGAGAGAUGGAUUUGAUAUCCUCUUGCCUAAGGUUGCUCGCUGUAUCCAUAGACUUGCUACAUUUGCUGCUGAACAUAAAGCUGUACCUUGUCUGGCUUACACCCAUCUGCAACCUGCUCAGUUAACAACGGUGGGGAAGCGUGCAUGUCUGUGGAUACAGGAGCUGUUGAUGGACCUGAGGAACCUGGAGCGGGCACGGGACGACCUCAGGUUUAGAGGGGUCAAGGGCACCACUGGCACCCAGGCAAGCUUUCUGGCCCUCUUUAAUGGGGAUGGGGACAAGGUAGACAUGCUGGAUAAACGUGUCACUGAGCUGGCUGGAUUCAAAAAGCACUUCACUAUCUGUGGUCAAACUUACAGUCGCAAAGUUGACAUAGACUGUUUGAACACACUGGCAAGUCUUGGGGCAUCUGUCCAUAAGAUGUGUACCGACAUCAGGCUAUUAGCAAACUUCAAGGAAAUUGAAGAACCAUUUGAGAAGGAUCAAGUUGGGUCCAGUGCAAUGCCUUACAAGCGUAACCCCAUGAGGAGUGAGCGGUGCUGUGCCCUGAGUCGUCAUCUGAUGUGUUUGAUCCAGGACCCUCUUAUGACAGCUUCCACUCAGUGGAUGGAGAGAACGCUAGAUGACAGCGCAAACAGAAGGGUGUGCCUAGCAGAGGCCUUCCUGACAGCAGACAUCGUGCUCAGCACCCUGCAGAACAUUACAGAGGGGCUAGUCAUCUACCAUAAGGUGAUCGAGCGCCGUGUUCUGCAGGAGCUACCCUUUAUGGCCACUGAGAACGUGAUCAUGGCCAUGGUUAAGGCAGGGGGCAACAGACAGGAAUGUCAUGAGCAGAUUCGCGUCUUGUCACAGGAGGCAGCGCUAGAGGUCAAACAGCAUGGACGAGACAAUGACCUUGUGGACAGAAUCAAGAAGAACCAGUACUUCACUCCAAUCCAUGCUGAGCUUGACAGUCUUCUUCACCCAUCCUCCUUUAUUGGCAGAUGCCCAGACCAGGUCACCCAAUUCCUGCAAGAAGAAGCUAACCCGGCUCUUAAGAUAUAUUCUGACAAAUUACAGGGGACUGUGGAACUCAAUCUCUGAACAACAGGAAUCUGAUAGCAGAUUAUGAUGAACAAGCAAGUCUAGGUUGUCCAGGUGCGAAAGCCCUAUGCUGAAAAUGUAUGUCUGACUAAUUGUGGAUCUCAAUCAGGACUGUGGGCCAGUAGUUUCUCAGGGGACAAGCAGGUCUAAAUUGCAGAGCUCCUGGGGACUUUGGUGUGAAAAAUAUGAAAGAAUUAAACCAUGCAGUGAUGCUAAAGAAGUAAUACCAUUCUUACAGACUAGUGAAUGUGCUGUAGAACUUAACAGCUGACCAUGCUCCAAUGGUGCAGAAUGUAAGUCACAAAUUGAGAUACAAGUCUUCAGAUACUGAGUGUGAUGAAAGAUGAAUAAAACUUCAUUGUAUUUGUUAAGUGUUCAGAUUAAUCGUUAACCUUAAAGUGAGAGUGGAUAGUGCUGAGUUAGUGUUGUGUUUUCUGUCUGCGGUUUUCAUUACUACAGACUAGGGAGUGAAUUUUUAUAUGAGUAUACUUAGUAUGUAAAGAUGUAAGUAUGAAUAUACUGUACUUUCUUGUCCUUUCUUUUCAUGGUGAAAACAUGAUCUCCUUGUACAUACAUGUCAAUUGAAUCAUAAUCAUAGACAGAACUAUAUAAAUAUAUGUAAAAUUGAUUCACAGUUGUCUUGAUUUAUUUAUAUAUAUUUAUAGAUAAUACAUGCAUAUGUAUCAUAUCACAAGAUGAGCAUGUUGUCACCCAAGUCUUCAGUGUUGUAUUAUAGGCAUGCAUGGCCAUGUACUUUUACACACUGAAGCGUGCUCGAAACUUCUAUCAACCCUAUUGAACUACUCGCACCAUAUGCCAAUUCAUUGGGAAACUGCCUGGUAACAAGUGGUCAAGAAAGACAACUCUAGCUGGUAAAAUAAACUUCAGCUAUUUCUGUGAUGUUCACGGGUGGAAAUCAUUCUUCCAUGAGCUAUUUAAUGUUAACUCUUAAGGAAUUUGUGGUAUUGAGUGCAGAUAAGCACAACAGUAGCAAAGCUUUGCUGGGGCGUUGUAAUCCAAAGACUGUUGUGGGUAGAUCUGCUGCCAAGUGAAACAAGUUUGAAACUUCACAUUUAAAACUUGAUGAUACAUUUAGAAAUGUGACAUUUAAUUACAUAAUCUGCUACUGUACUCCAUUUCCAAGAAAAUAAAUGUUAGUAUGAACUACAGUUUAAGAGCAGGCACUAAUUUCACUGGUACAU